GUCAGGGCCCUGCCCACACUCCUGGUCGGCUGCUGCACAUUUCAAGCUAACCCACAAACAGGUACUUUGUUUUUUUUUUUUUGGAGGACAUAACCGUCCCGCUCCUGACUGUUUGGAUUUAGCUGUGGGCCUCAAAACUGUCACCAAAACACGGGAGGUUUUGUUUUGUUUUUGUUUUUGUUUUUUUUUCACCCCCUGCUGUCUCUUGAGUCUUUCCCGAGGAGAGCGCCGCUUCACUUCAACGAGGAUUAACAAAAUGUCUUCUCCCGAGCCGAUCAUCAGGACGAGACAGACAGAAAAAGAAGUUAAUGGAGUUUCAACACAGGUCAUCUGUACGGAGUUCAGCAAUUACAUAUUUGUAGUUCUCACUCAGUACGGCAAAAUCGGGACAUUGAUAUCUGUCACACCUGACUCCAGAUCUAAUGAUAUCAGCACCCCAACAUUCUCCACCAAAGUCCUGCUGGGCAAAGACGAGCCACUGACACACGUCUGUGCGAAAAACCUGGCAACGUUUGUGUCGCAAGAAGCCGCCAACAGGCCUGUCUUACUGGGACUGGCACUAAAGGAUUCUUCCAUAGAUUCAAUAAAGCAAAUGAAAGAGAUCAUCAAAAGCUGUCAAGUCUGGUAGGAAAUCAAUAAAAUGGACACACAGCCUUGUGGAUGGCCCCAAUGCCAUAUUUUUCCUUUUGUGUUUUUUUUUUUUUUUAAACUUAAAAGAUUUUUAUUCUUUACUAAAUGCAAGUCUGUAAUUAAAAAAAUAAAUAAAAAAAAAACUGAGGAUUUUCCACCAAAACAGUUUGAUUUACUCUUGAUUGUUUUGAUUUGUUAAGAUAUAAAGGAAUGUCUUAUAGAAAACACAAUUCAGAGUAAAUCUGGUCUUAAGGGUGUAUUUUCUGCACGCCACUGUGCUCUCAAAAACGGAGGACUGUGCAAUGACGAAGUUAUAGCUUACAAAAUGAUGGCCCAUAGUUCCAGUUUCAUCAGCAUAUGAAAUACAUAUUAAUCCUACAGUUUUGUUUAAGAAUUUGUAAUACUUCAUACUGUUAUUAUUUUUGUAUUUAAAAAUGCGAAUAUUGUAAAUUGUGUCAUGAGUAGAAUUUAGAAAUAAAACAAAUCGCUUGUAAAAGUUGUUUUUUUUUCUGUCUUUGAAAAAAAAAAAAAGGCAACUCAUUCAUCUCUGCCCCAGUGAGGUUUGGUCUUAGCACUGGACAAACAUUUUAAAGGGGCAUCUUGUAAGAACUGACCAACUGUUGAAUUCAAACCCCAAACAAAAAGGGGGCAGCAUACUACCAGACAGUUUGGGUGUCCACCAACGUAAGAAGCAAGGAAAUGCACUCUUUGGUCCCUCUUCCCCCCUCCACUGUGCCAUAGUUGGACUGGCUAUUGGGCAUACCGGGACAAAUCCCAGUGGGGCACUGCAUUGGUGCGGUGGUGGACCAUCAAAAAUUAGAGGUCAGGAGAAACCAGGAGUAGAGGACGAGCCACAAGAGGUCAAGGAACGCAAGGGAGCGCAGCUAAAGAAGCGGCACCAGUAGCUGAGCUUGAGGAAAGAGUGGAGGAAUGUUGCCUCGAGAGGAUGGCUGCAACACCGUUUUAUAGCCUCCUCGCAGUUACUACUACUUCAUCCGUCAUGUUUGACUCAGGGAAGAUUGUACGAUGCUGUGACUCACUAUCGUCCGUUGAGGAACAAAGUGAUAUCACAAGACGUAAGACUUGCAAUAGUUGUGUGGAAUAUUAAUCUGUCGGUUACCAU